GGAUCUCACAAGGCCCCUAUAACUCAUUCACAUGGUAUCAAAUCCGAGUAUAUUUCAUACAUCAAUGUCUCCACUUUAGGUCUUGAUGUAUGGCCAAAUCCAAUAAGUGCCACAGGCCGGUAGCAUCCAUCCUCAAAUGCACAGAUAGGUCGACUUCAUUGCCUUACUUACAAAACAUAUAAAUAUAGCUACCCAAUUUACCUGCAUAGAAGCCUAAAACCACUAAUGCUAAUAAUAACCCGAUGCACCUAAUAUUAUUUUCCUACGUUUGUUAUGCGUCGGGCGUGGAGGCAGAAAUUGUGGAUCUCCUCAUAAAAGGGGGGAGGCCCUUCAACACAGGAAUAUCGGGAAUCGCCAAAUCUAGUAGACAGCUUCCUGCAUAUUGAACCAUAACACCUACCUAAUACUGUGGUCUUCUGAGGUAUAUUGAAGAAAAGCACCUGCAAUCUGCAUACGUUCCCCAAAAAUGGCCGAUAGAGGAGUGCGAGGAGAGGAACCCCUGAAUCGGGAGCCCAAGAUAUCGAAACUCGCAUCCGUCUCUAUUACCGAGGACGGCUAUGAAAGGAAUCACUGUGUUCAACCCGCAGCUGAGCAGCUGAAUGCGAGGACGCAUAGCGUACAGGUCGACGGUGCUGUCAAGGAACCUUUAAACCUCUCUAUCACCAGUCUACGGACAGACUUUCCGCAGCAUGAGGUCAUUUGUGCGCUUCAGUGUCCAGAAAACCGGCGGCACGGCAUGCGAACUUUGGUAAAAGAGGUGCAAGGGAUCGACUGGGUUAACGGCGCUGUCAUGAACUGCCGGUGGCGGGGCCCCUUACUCAAGGACGUGCUGGGAAAGGCAGGUAUCGCGGAUUCGGUCGAGCAAGAGGGGACACAUGUGGCGUUCACCUCAUUCCAGGUGAAGUGCCAGGAAGACUCAUGGUACGGCGCCUCGAUACCGCUGAGCCGGGCCCUGGACCCAGACAAGGAGGUCGUUCUGGCUCUGGAGCGGAACGGGAAACCCCUCACGAUCCGACAUGGUUAUCCCGUGAGAGUCAUCACGCCAGGCGUUGAGGGAGCGAAAUCGGUCAAGUGGCUUGAUAAGAUUACGGUGCAGAAGGAAGAGAGCCCGAAUUACUACAUGCAGAGGGACUAUAAGACUCCCCUCCCGCAGGCCGUGGAUAGCGAGACGGCGGAGAAGUACUGGGGCGUCACCCCGCCUAUGCAAGAGAUGCCGGUUAACUCCGUCGUCGUGAGUCCGCGAAAGGGUGACACAGUUAAGCGGAACGAAGAGGGUAAGGUGGUAUGUCACGGUUAUGCACUGCCCAGUGGCGACGGUGGCUCCGUGGUCAAGGUAGAGAUUAGCGCCGAUGGAGGUCUCACGUGGUCCGAAGCGGCACUCGAACAACAUGAGGGAGAGGGCAAGUGGGCGUGGAAGUUUUGGAGGGCGAGUGUGAAUAUGGCACCUGGAAAUUCAGGGACCAUUUUAAGCAAAGCUAGCGAUGCCUCUGGACAAACUCAGUCAGCAGUGUCCCCUUGGAAUCUCAAAGAUGUUUGUUAUAAUGGGUUCGGCGAAGCUCGGGAUCUGACAGUGGAGUAAGUCAUCCUAGGUGGCGGAUUUAAAGAAUAUGUAUCUGGCAAUGAAAGGAUGCUAUACCUAACCAAAUCUACU